GUUUUGUUUAAAAGUGUGAAAUUGCGGUAUUUCCCCCAGGAUUAUCAUAGUAUCAGGAUCUCGUAGAGGAGUGGCUGAAAAAUUGCAUGACAGUCCCACUACCUUUUACUUUGAAAUGCUUCGCCGGAAGUGACAUGAGUGAUUCCAUCUAACUUGACGCCGGAGCGACGUGCCUCGACGGUAGCGGUGGUGGGAUGAGAGGGACAGCAGCAGGGACUGUGUGAAGGAGGUGGAGUCUGUCCCAGUCUGCAUCUGGCCCGCUCCCCUCUCUGUCACCCCGGGCCAAACCCGCCCAGUUCCUCUCACUCUCCCUCCGCCUGUCCUCCCGCACGGCUCGGCCAGGACACACACACCCGCACCCCGGCUCACACACACCGACAGGACUCGGAAUGGACACGGAAGGGAGCCCGAGCAGCCUGUCCGCCACGGACUCCCCUCACGACCCCUGCAAAAUGUUCAUAGGUGGACUCAGCUGGCAAACUACACAAGAGGGUCUGAAGGAGUACUUCUGCAAGUACGGCGAGGUGAAAGAGUGUAUGGUGAUGCGAGAUCCGGUUACUAAGCGCUCGAGGGGUUUCGGAUUUGUCACCUUUGUCGAUCAGGCCGGUGUGGACAAAGUUUUGGCCCAAAGCAGACACGAGCUGGACUCCAAAACAGAGUGUUGGCCAUCAGGAAGGGUUGGUGACCGGAGACAUGCUCUGGGCCCUCCUCGCCCAGGAAGUGAGAUUGAUCCAAAGGUGGCGUUCCCUCGGCGAGCUCAGCCCAAAUUGGUGACUCGAACCAAGAAGAUCUUUGUGGGCGGCCUGUCAGUGAACACAACUAUUGAAGAUGUGAAGCAAUACUUUGAUCAGUUUGGCAAAGUUGACGAUGCCAUGCUCAUGUUCGACAAGACCACAAACAGGCACAGAGGGUUUGGAUUUGUGACAUUCGAGAAUGAGGAUGUGGUUGAGAAAGUCUGUGAGAUCCACUUCCAUGAAAUCAACAACAAAAUGGUGGAGUGCAAGAAGGCUCAACCCAAGGAGGUGAUGUCCCCAACCGGCUCUGCCAGGGGGCGCUCUCGGGUGAUGCCCUAUGGGAUGGACGCCUUUAUGCUAGGAAUUGGUAUGCUGGGUUAUCCCGGCUUCCAGACCGCCACUUACACCAGUCGGAGCUAUGCGGGCAUCACUCCUGGAUACACCUAUCAGUUCCCUGCCAUUCCUCUAACAGCAUAUGGACCAAUGGCAGCAGCGGCAGCAGCGGCAGCAGUUGUUAGAGGUUCCACCCCUUCUCGCUCAGCAGGAUUUUUAGGAACAAGCAGCCCAGGUCCGAUGGCAGACCUUUACGGAACAGCCAGUCAGGAGUCGGCUGUCAGCAGCUACCUCAGCGCUGCGAGCCCUGCCCCUAGCACCGGCUUUAGCCAUAGUUUGGGGGGCCCUUUGAUUGCCACCGCCUUCACUAACGGCUAUCACUGAGAGUUGCAGAGCCGUAGACUGAAAGCUGGAAGGAGUUGAAGCUACAUUGGAGCUGAUCUGGUCCGUCUCUGUCCAGUCCACGUCUCUUCUUCUGUCUUUGGGUGGCUGAACCUUCGCCCCACUCUGCCUGGUGUCAGCCACAUCCAGCCCACCUUACUAAACUCCACCUUAUCAAUACUUUGCAAAUGAAGCAAAACAAAAAAAGCUUAUCACUACAUGUUAUAGCAGCACAUUCAAAUGCUGUAUUUUUUGUUGUUUUUGUCAUGGUUUUCCCGGCUGUUUUUAUGUUAUUAGUUGUAUUUUAUUUAGCUGUUUGUCGUCUCCAAAAUUAUCUCUCUGAGAGAAGACUAGUUAGGUCUCGGACAUACCUGUUUCAAGCUGUAAAAUGACUGUAUAUUUCUCUAUUUUACACUGAAUGUCAACACUUAGUACUAAUUCUUGAAAUUAUGCCAGGAAGUGUGUAUCUUGGUUUGUUUUAACCAUGAGUCGUUACACUAAUUAUUGUCUAACGGCACAGACAAAUUUAUUGCCGCCCCCCUGUAAAAGUAUUUAAAAAACUUUAAAUGAUAUUCCUCUUUAAAUGUAGUAGUAUAGUGUCAGAAUGAAGGAUGUAGUAAAAUCCAACCUGUAAUUUGAGUACAUUUGUCAGGGGAAAAAAAGCCUCCACCCAAACAACCAGUAUGCACGUGGAUAGCGUCUAAUGGUUCCUAUAGAGACACCAAGAUGCUCUUAACUGAAGUCUAACAGUGAGCUUUGGAGAUUGUUUGACCUCCUUUUCCAUCCUGCUCACUGGGUGUGGGGGCUGACUUAUAAUAAAGUUCAUCCCACAUAUGCCCUACUCUAAGUAUACUCGCUCUUUUGUCUUUCCCAGUUGAAUGGUGGCUAAGAGAAAUGGACCCCAGUUUCACAUCAUAUUUAUACAUUAGAGAAAAAAAGUCAUAGAUCAAAAAAGUAAAAUAUAAAAAAAAAUGCUUCAGUCAUAUUUAUUUUAAGAGGAUUUUUAGUAGUACCCAUAAUUAUGCCUCCAUUGAUUUUGUUUUCCCCACCACUGAAUAAAUGUACUCAAAUUAAAGGUUAGAUUUUCCUAUAUUUUUUAGUUUGAGAUUAUUCUACUGCAACAACAUAUGAAUUUAUUUUAAGGUUUUUUUUGCACGAUUUUACUAGGGGUGCCAAAAAUGUGGCUACAUCUUUACUUCCUUAGCCUUCAGGAACUGUAAUAUUUUGUAAAAUAUUGUAAAUAUGAGUGAUUUCCAGGUGGCAGGGCUCUGCUGAUUUUCGUGUCCUGGAGGUUGGAGGCUUUUGGAGAAGUGGAAAUCUUGACUGUUAUGUGUUGUGUUCCUGCCUGGAGGUCAAGAACAUUUCAGUUUGUCUGUCUAUGUUAGACCAGCCAUUACAUGGUGUUUCUCUCCAGACAUUUUGUAAAAUCACAUGUCAGGUCUGAGUCUUUAAUGACAGCUUUCUCAGAGAAGAAACGCUCUAACUUUGAGUUCAGCAGGAAAGAGGCUGAGUCUGGAACAACACCUACGUUUGGAAGAUAAGGGUGUGAAAACUCCCCUCUGCCAGGAGGGGGGUUGGCAUGAUGUUUUCUUACUUUAUCAUGCUGUUGUUUGUACUGAUGUUUAAUCUCCAAUGAUUGUGAAGGAAAAUGAAGGACUUGCAUGCAGGAACAGUCAUGAGUUGGUGACCGAUUUGUGUUGCGGGUUGAGCUAAUGUUUGUGUGAAUAUGUCAUGUGGUUUGAUACACAUUGGUCUCCAAUGUGCCAUGUGCUGUAUUUUGAGGGGUAUUUGCAAAAUGUGAAAUAUUAAUCAGAUUUUUAAAAUUUUUACAUUAACACCUAUUUCAGGGUAUGGAUGGUAAACCCUGCCAUCCCUACCUUCCAGCACUACAUAUCCACUGGAGAUCACAGACUGUAGCAAUGUGACAUCUUUUUGUAGACCAAAAUGAGAGCUACUAGGAUGCUGCACUGGCCGAUCACAAUAAAUGUAUUUUCCUUUAAAUGUCAGCUGAAGAGAAACCCCUCUUGAUCUACAAAAUAACCAGGUUUUACAUUUUGAUACACUUGCUUUCCCUGCUGCAGGUGUUUUAAGCAUUUCACUGAAAAAUAAUUUCUUGUCAACACUGUAACAUUUUCUGAUUUUUUUUUUCCUGUCAUGUUAUUCCUUUUUUGGAAAAAAAAAACUUUUUAAAAUUCCUAAUAAAUUAUUUUAAAACAUUC